UUAAACACCAUGGGGUUCCGGUUGCCAGGAAUUGUUAACGCCAAGAGAAGUCUAAGUCACAUAGCUGCCUCAAAAACCUUAGAUAUCCCCAAAGGCUGUUUUGCAGUGUAUGUUGGAGAGAGCCAGAAGAAGCUCUUUGUGAUUCCAAUAUCAUACUUGAAUGAACCUUUAUUCCUGGAUUUGCUGAAUCAAGCAGAGGAAGAAUUUGGAUAUGAUCAUCCAAUGGGUGGAAUCACCAUCCCCUGCAGUGAAGACUCCUUCCUUGAUCUCACUUCCCGUUUACGUGUAUGAAUAAACACUAGUGAAGUUAAUCUGGGAAGCCUUCUGUAUCC